UCACAGCUCUAUUCAGAACCAGUUCAGUGAACGUAAACAGCUGCUUGUGCAUAACAUUGUUGUACGCCUUUUAUUUAAUUAAUCUUACACUUACUAUUUGUUUAUAAUCGAAAGUUUUUCAUAAUUACUUCUUAAAAUGGGCAGAAGUGACGUUACUUCAGUUCAAAAAUUGGAAAAACAUUUGACAUUGUUAAAGGAAGAAUAUUCAAAACAGCAGCGCAGCUAUGCAGAAUUGCAGCGAAAGUAUAACGAAGUUGUUGCUACAUCAGGAAAUGAAGAAUUAUCGGACGGACUCAGCAAUUUUGUCUCGCGACUGUCUUUGACAGUUGCUUUAUUAUUUGGAAGUCCUACUUAUGCUGAUAUUUACAUCCGAACGCAUUCAAAAGUAUUUCCGGCACAUAAGAUCGUCCUUCAUGCCCGCUCAGAAAAAUGGGGAGAUGAUGUCUUGGGCAGCAUACAAGAACUGGACUGGAGUGAUUUAAAUGAGGAUGUUGUUUUGGCGCUUUUGCGUUGGAUUUACACAGAUCUAAUUGACUUGCAGCAUGACGGGCUAGCUUUGGAUCUUCUUCGAGCCGCACAUCGAUUUGGUUUGCCAUCUCUUUUAGGAAUGUGUGAGCGGGCAUUAGUUGCUUCGGUUGGAAUAAGAUCUUGUAUACAAUUUUAUUGUGUUGCCGAAGAAGUAGCUGCCUUAACACUGUUGCAAUAUUGCUCUGACAUAAUAUCAACACACUGGGACGACCUUACAGUGCAAGACUUUGAGCACAUGUCCGGACCCUUGUUGUUUAAAUUGCUUAAGACCAAAACAAAAUAUCCACUUCAUGCUGCUGUAAGACUCCUAAGAGAAGACGUCAUAUGCCUGUGGAUUCAAGAGAAUAGUGACGCACUCUCACAACUGGUUAAUAGUUUUUCUGAAAAUGGUUUGUUGCCUCUUCAGAUGGCUUUAUCGGCAAAAAAUUACAAAAUCGCUCAAACUCUGGUACAAAACGGAAUGGCCAACAUAAAUGCUGUUGAUAUGGAGGGAUCCCCACUCCUGAUUGCGGCUUUAAAAAAUGGUGACGCUUUCUCCGCACACUUCCUUUUGGAUCAAAAUUGUCUUUUAGACCUUUCAUCUAAAACAUCAUCGGACACUGCAUUACACAUUAUUUGUAAUUACAAGGAAUAUAAACAUAGUCCUAACAAUGUCGCAGAUAUAUUAAAUGUUGGGAUAAAGAUUUUAAAAAGAAAUCCUAACGUAAACAUCCAGAACAUUAAAGGAGAAACGCCUUUGCAUAUAGCAAUUAUAAGACAAAAUGUAGAAAUGGUGGAGCUUUUGCUUAAAGUGCCAAAUAUUGAUAUUAACUUGCACACUUUUGACGAAAAGAGUGCUUAGCUUUGUUUAUCAUUGGACGAUCAAGAGUUUAAGGUAGCGUCAAUGCUUAUUAAAAGGGGCGCACAACCAAAUACUAAAAAGACAAAAACGGAUGAUAGCCUACUACAGGUUUUUGCAAUGGACGGAUAUCGUGGGGAGAAAGCAGCAAUUUUCUUGGCAGAUUAUACCAAUCUUGAUCAUAUAAAUUUACGUGGACUAACAGCAUUACAUAUUGCAUGUUUAAAAAACAUGCCAAACCUAGUAAACAAGUUAAUUGUUAAUGGUGCUUCGUGCAAUUUACAACCCAUUGACGGUGGUUUAAAGUCUGCUUUGCAUAUUGCAGUGGAAGCUAAUGCUGUUGAAGCCUUAGAAGCUUUUGUUCAGUUAACAAACAAUCUGAGCUAUGUUAUUGAUUUCAAUUGUAAAGAUAUUAAUGGUGACUCCCCGCUAAGCCUAUGCCUUGCUCUUAACAGAACUAAACUGGUUCCAAUUCUUAUAAGAGGCGGCUCAGAUGUCAACGCAAAGAAUACAAAUAAUUUAACACUAUUGCAUCAAUCAAUAAAGAACAGAGACAGUGAUACAUCCUUAUUUUUACUAGAGCAAGGUGCGGACUUUACUGCUAUCACAGAUGAUCAAGAUUCCGCAUUGGACUUAUCGAUCGAAUACAAUCUCCCUAGAGUUGUGGAUGCUCUUUGCACAAGAGGAAUCGCUCUAAUAUCUGACAAAAAUGGAGUUUCACCAUUAUGGACUGCUUUGGAACUAGGAUACGAAGAUGUGGCCCAAAUACUUGUGCGACACGGUGUUGAUACUGACAGUUGGGAAAAAGGACCUGGGGAAUGUCAACAGACCCUUUUACAUCGUGCCAUAGAUGAAAGCAAAGAAGCAAUAGCAAUAUUUCUAAUUCGAAAUCAAUGCGACUUAGAUUCUUCACGACAGCCAGGUCCCAAUGGGGAGGGUGGAGAUGAGGCCCAGCUAAAGGCAUCCCCGUUGCAUUUAUGUUGUCAAUGGGGCUUGGCCAAAGUGCUUCAGACUUUAAUUGAUCAUGGUGCUAAUGUUAACGUUAUAGACGCUGAAAACAAAUCGCCACUUCAUGUAGCUAUUGAAAAUCAACAUGAAGAUAUUAUAUCGAUUCUUCUUUGUCACCCUGUUAUAGACCUAAAACUUCGUGAUACGUCUGGAAAUACACCGUUUGCAGCUGCUCGCAUUCGUAAUGACAAGGCCGCUCAACGCAUUUUAGAUAGAUUCCCUACAGCCGCUGAGCAAAUGGAUUCGCGCGGCCGAAACUUUUUGCAUUUAGCGAUUAUGAAAGAUGAUUUAGAAAGUGUUUUGUUUUUGCUAGCUAUUCAGGUAGAUGUAAACUCGCGGGUACAUGACGUUAAUCAGUCUACGCCCUUGCACCUAGCGGCAGCAUCACACAAUGAAAUGAUUACCAGAAAUCUGAUUUUAGCCGGAGCCCAUAUGAAUGAGCGGAAUGCCGUCCAAAAAUUGCCUCUUCAUAUUGCCAUUGAACGCGGGAAUCUACCUGCGGUUUCUGCGUUGAUUCAAAACAAUGCCGACUUUGACGCAGCAGAUUCUGACGGCAAUAAUGCUUUACACAUUGCUGUACGAUAUGGUCAGCUUUUCAUUGUACGUGAAUUAUUAACUGAAUCAAGAGUGAACGCAGAAGCAACAAAUUUAAAAGGUCGAAAUCCUAUGCACGAAUUGUGCAGGGUUGUGGAGGAUAAUACAGCCGCACUUAUUUGUGAAUUAUUUCUUGAGUGUAUGCCACAGUAUCCAAUAAACGUUCCCGAUAUGGACGGUAAUACUCCUCUUUUGCUUUCCUUUAUGAGAGGGCAAUCGCCUCUUUGUAAAAUACUUGUAAAGGCAGGGGCGUGCCUUGGCACUGAAAAUAGAGAAGGAAUGAAUAUUUUUAAUUUCAAGCUGGCCACGGAUCAAUUACUUCACAAAUUGUUGGACCUAUUGCCACAAGAAUCACCGUGGUCAGAGUGUGACUUAUGCCAGGAGUGUACAACUAGGUUUACACUUACGAUGAGAAAACACCAUUGCCGACAUUGUGGAAGGGUUCUAUGCUCCAAAUGUUCUAGUAACGAUGUACCCAUUUUAAAAUUCGGAAUUAACAAACCAGUUCGAGUUUGCGCCGUUUGCUUUAAUGUGCUGCAAUGUGGAAACGGAUUAUUUUCAUAGUUUAAGUUAAAGAAAAAUAUUAAUUAUAUGUAUAUAAUUUUAUUCAAGUAAGUUGUUGAAAUAAAAGUUUUAAAACUCA